GGCAGGAAACGACGUGAACAAACCUUCAUCUGAUUACAGCCGACCAAUGAGAAAUGAGAGAUUAUUUUAUCUAAGGACUUUGUCCCUGAAGCUCACUGCACUCUGAGCUCACUUGUUGACGCACACAAUGACAGAACUCCAGCAUGUCUCCACUGCCCUAUGACCAGUUCAACAGUAAGUACUUCAGUCCACAAACUGUUUCUGUCUUUGCAUUGUUGCCAAGUAUGAACACCAUGGGAAUGUCCAGCCAUCAUACCCCUCAGGAAGGAGACGGACUCUGUGUCCCAGAGAUGAAUGUGCUUUGGUCCAAAAUGUGCAUAUCAACCCAAGAACAAAAGCAAAAGACCUUGUGAAGAUGCUGGCUGAAGCUGGUAAAAGUGUGUCAUUAUCCACAGUGAAACGAGUCCUGAGACAUGGACUGAAAGGCCACUCUGCCAGGAAAAAGCCAUUACUCCAAAAGAAACAUAAAACAGCCAAUCUUUGCAUUGUUGUAACAGUAAUACAACUAAUACUCAUACUUUUCAAGAGAUCUUUGCUCCUGUCAGAUGAGUUUGACCUCUCUCUCUCUCUCUCUCUCUCUAGCUAAUCAAUCUGGUUUUACUUCCAAAAACAUUGUCAUGGCUGUGGCUUGUGUCUUGGUUGGGCUGGUUGUCGUUGGUGUCGGUGGAUUUUUAUACUAUAAAUAUAGGGACUACAAGAAGAAAAUCUCAUCACUUCAAAAUGCCUUACACGCGAUGACGGCAGACCUGGACGAUGCACAACAGACGACCAUGAUAAAGAACCUGAAGGCUGAACUGGAGGCAGAGAGAGCUCGACUGGCAGGACAACUUAGAGAAGUGGAGACCAAGAGGGAGGAGAACAAGAGCAUGCUUCAGGCAGUGAAGCAGAAAAUAAGAGAGGCGACAUUUGACAGAAGGGAGGACUUACUGAGAGAAAAAGAGCAGCUGUUAAAUGCUCAGUGGAAACUGGACGAGACAAAGAAGAACAAUGAGGGACAGAUGCUGUUUAUAGAGAAACAGCUGGAGCCGAUAGACAUUAGGUUGUCUAGAGUAAACAGUGGGAAGAAGGAUGUUUGAAUCCUCCAGCCAGACAGACAUGAAGGAGAAAGUAAUGAGAGCGAAUCAAAGGUGACAGAUGAAAGGUCCCAACAGACACUCAUUCAUUCUUUAAUCUGGAGUUUUACAUGAUGCAGAUGAAGUUUAAAAACAUUUAAUUUGUGCACAAAGAAUU